ACUUCCGUGUCCUGGAAACCGCCCCUGACGCCUCUUUGGUUCCCACCGAAACAAACAAAGCGCAGAUGGAGUCUUUCUCCGUACACAAACGUUUACCAGCGCUCCCUCCAUCCAGUUGAUUCCCGUUAGUUAGAUGGGCUUGUCUAUCUAGUGUCAUAUAGAAACAAUGUCAACCAUUUAUUAUUUCUUUCUGUAACGUUGUUGACGACUCGCGUGUGAUUUCAGUCAUUGCGCAACAGUGGCAGUUAACGUUGCCCCAGCUAGCUGCCACUUCAGCGUCCAAACAACUGCCCGGUGCUCAUUAGGCUGAGGCUGAGCAGAGAUGACAAGCGAUUUGGCUGUUACCGUAUUUACUUCCAAACAGGUUUGGUAGGCACGGAUGACCGCCCCGGUUUGGCUCCUGCUUGAAAAAGAUCAGAUGUCAAGAAAGAUUUGUUGAGUCAAGCUAGCUAGCAGCACACUGAUCAGCCUUGUACAUUAACCUCGCCACCCCCCCUCCUGAUUGCUCUGCUGUGGCCUCAUCCUGGGCUUCUCCAAACUCGUUUAGUAUGAGUGCAAUGCGCGUGGAUGCCAAAGUGGUGAUGCUGGGAAAGGAGAGUGUGGGGAAGACCAGCCUGGUGGAGAGAUACGUUCAUCAUCGCUUCUUGGUCGGCCCGUACCAGAAUACUAUCGGUGCUGCUUUUGUUGCCAAACCAAUCCAGGUGGGAGAGAAAGUGAUUACCCUGGGAAUAUGGGACACAGCUGGAUCAGAGCGCUACGAAGCAAUGAGCAGAAUCUACUACAGAGGAGCCCGGGCAGCCUUGGUCUGCUAUGAUCUGACUGACAGCAGCAGCUUCCAGCGAGCUCGGUUCUGGGUGAAGGAGCUGCAAACCUGCGAGGAACACUGUAAGAUCUACCUGUGUGGCACUAAGAACGACCUGGUUGAAGAAGAUCGGGGUCUGCGCCAAAUCGACUAUCACGACGCUCAGGACUUUGCUGAAGAGAUUGGUGCGCAGCUUUUCGAGACCUCCAGUAAAACAGGAAGUAAUGUUGUGUUGUUGAUGUGUUCUGGCACAGAGCACAUAAGGGGGAAAGUGCACCUAAUGGACGAAGGAGCCUCACUGAUCAAACACACUGCUCGUUUGAAACCAGCUGUUGCACCAGUUAUUGCGUGCUGUAAGCCAGGUAUCAGGAAUAUGAGUUGUUCCAGAAAGUUGCUGAGGAUUAUAGCAACACUGCCUUCCAGUAUAUGACAGCGGAGGAAACGGGCGUGGACUUGGGCCAGAAGAAGGACUCAUAUUUCUACACCUGUUGCCAUAACAACUGAUGCAUAGCAGCAGCAAGGGAAACAGGAGCGGUCACCUUCCCUCGGCUAGAGUAAAACCUGGAUAACGUUGGAUGGCCUGUCAGAUAACUCGGAUGUGGAACUGGAAUCCAUAUCACAGAACCAGAAAUCAGGCAGUACUGUUUAAACCUUGUUAGAUAUGUUUAUUUCUUUUGUGCCAUAAAGAACUGAGGGCUGCAAGACUUUAUGGAGGAAGAUCUAAUUCAACUGUUACCGGGUGGAGAUGGAUUUUACACCAACAUUCACACUUUUCACCCAGUUAUGUCCCGUGUUUUAUCAGCUGGUCCAUUUCUUUUUCCUAGCUGGACCGUGGAAGUAAACAUUAUCCCUAAAGGUGUGGUGUCAAACAAUCUGGAGCUGUGCUGUGGUUAAAAGAUGACCCGCGGACUGGCAGAACUUGAUUGAGGUGGUUUAUUGUUGUAGCGAGUGCUGUGCAUCCAGGAGGGGGAAUGGUUUGUUUACAGCUGUUCUAUUUUUUUUUAUUUAACUCUAUUUAAAUUUGCUGUUAGUCCGGCACAUCGUCCAUGAAGCCUAUACACAUGGAGUACAAAGGAUACUAGGAUACAAAACACCAGUCAUACUUAAUUGAAAUUUGUCUUAUACCUUUCCAAAUCUGGUAUAACACAUGAAUGAAAUCAUACCAAUGAUCUUUUUAAAGGCCUUAUACCUGCAGUAGAAAUGGCAGGUGUCCCCAAAUUCUACUUUCAGAGCUUUGGCUCUUCAGUGUUUACCACAACUUUUGCCAUGUGACAGCCAUGAAUGUAUUAACAGGGCUGGAUACGACCUUCAUGCUAAUCUGCCCUACUUGUCACCCGUAGUACUGCAACAAGAAUAAUCCUGAGAUUACCAUUAUAAAAGAAAAAUGUAUAAAAUUGUUCACGGGGUUUAAUUAUUACUCUUUGUAUCCAUUGAGGUUUUAUAAUUGUAAAACUUUCCCAAAUACUUUUAUUUUCAUCUGAAUGUGAAGUCUUUAGACUGAGCGUGAACGUGUGGGCAGGGCCAGCAGGAGAAACAUUAAUGAGCACUUGCAGCAGUGCACUCAACACGAAAACAAACCCAGAAGCUGUAAAACUCUCUUGGUUCAUGUGUUCGUUGAGCAGUUUUCGUUCAAAUGACGAGCCGCCAUUUUAGAAUAUCCAGCUCUUAUAAUACAUCCAUGGUGUCGGCGCGUACAACAUGUGUCUGAUACGUUAUAUUUUGAAUAAGCUAUGAGUCUGUCAAAAGGAAAAUCAAAUUUAAAAUUUAUUAAAAUGUUAUUAAAAUGCCUAGCUCUCUGUAAUUAAAAUGCAUGGCCUGAGCUGACUGAAACAACAUUUUAAGGACAGUGUUCUGCGUUUAAACUCUUAAAUUUUCUAUUUUGUCAUUUCAAAUGCAAGUACACAUAUGGAAAUAUGUCUUUUCCUCUGGUUGUCAGUGAAGCCGUGAGAUGUUCAUUUCUCUGAAGACAAGCUCUGAAAGGUUUCAAGACAAACUCCACUUCUACAGAAAGAUGAUCAAGGUUCCUCUUCAUUGUGUUGAGAAACUACAGAUUUCACCAACACAGGACAAAAACGUUGGUAGUGAAUGUUGUAAUACAAAAUGUAAUCGCAAUGUUCUCAAAACAAUAUUUACAGCUAUAUUUGACUCACUAAUUUAUUGCCUUUUAAGUUGCCAGGAGGACAGGGGAGGUGGGGGUUCCUCCAUGUUGCUGAUUUGAUGUGUUGAUGUUCCACUUGUUGAUAUUUUGAUGCACAAUAUUUUUUAUUGAGGGCUGUUUAAGACAGGCCAGUGUGAAAUGCAGAAAUGUUCUGUAAAAUUAAAGGCUCGUUAAAAGAAUGUUUCAAAGCUUUGACAGACCUUACAUUUUUAUAGUGAUUGAUGCACACUUUUUUGCCCAUAUAAUAUCUGAGGUUAUGCAUUGAAGUGAAAAAAAGAUUAUGCAAAUGAAUGGCAAUAUAUGUAAAAUUGUACAGAGCAACUACAGAACAGAAUUUGUGGCACACUGAAAACCCUUUUUUUAAAUUCAGUUUGGCAUUUCCAGCUUAUGCCACUUGCAGAUAAUUUUGCUUGUCCUCUCAUGCCAUCUAUCCCCACCAAGAAAAAGAAAACAAUAUAAAAUCCCUCAGAAAGGAACAUUACCAUAAACCAGAAACCGCAAAAGUGGCACAAAUGAAACAGACCCACGGUUUAGCCCAUCACCUGUACUAUAUAUUGCAAACCCUUUUCAAAAUAACACCUGUUUUUCAGCCCUCCUUCCUUACUUGGUAAAUAAUUAUAGGCCUUAUUGUCCCUACUAUUUUGACCAGUAUGACUGUGGAAAGGGUGUUAAAUUGCAUUCUCUGUGGUCUUAAAAAAGGUCUUUGAACACUGCAAGGUACACUGCACUGAAACCAUGUAAUAAAGACCCAUAAUAAACAAUAAAUCUAGAAACUUAAAAUACGCUUUGGAGAAUUUUAUAGAAAUGUAAAAUAUAGGCUAUUUUUACAUUUAACAUGCUAAACCUUCCAAAACCAAUGAAAGCUUUAAAAUGCCACUGUUCUUAAAAUAAGUGAGAAAAGAAAUCUGUGGAAACUACAGACAACUUACUCUUUUUAGAUUUAAAAGGUUAAAAUCACUUUUUAUUUUCAGCAGUGUCAACACCUCCACCUCAUGCUGCGGCAAAAUAAAAAUAAAUCAUUAAGUGAUUUGCAGCAUUUAAAGUUGGAAAAAUGAAAAAGUUUUGUUUGGCGUGAAGAACCUUUGUUAGAGUAAACAGGUCACUACACAAGCUAGUUUACACUGGAGACUUCACCUCAUUUACAAUAUUGUUGCUGUUUUAAUAAAAGCAGAUGAGGGGAGAUUAAAAAUGUUUAUUUUGAAGUGCUCUGUAUAUAAGUCUACAGCCUUUCUGAGUCUGAAUGUAUUACAUGUUUACACUCAUUUUGACAGUCUGGCUUGUGACUGUUGAUUUAUUUUGUACUUGAGUUGCUCUGUGUGUGUUAACUUUGUAUAAAUUAAUUUAAAAAUGGUGACAGUUUCUGCUUGUGAGUGGCGAUGUGUCGAUCCUUCCUUUUCUUUUCCUCUGUUGUUUUGUAAACUAAAUCUCUGCCUUAUUUUAUCACUUUUUUGUUUUUUUCACCUACCUCUGGUUCACCCACCUAGGUGUCGUCACUUAUUUUUGAACUGAUUUAGACCUCUAUUCUGGACUGUUUGAGUGUGAACAAAGUGUGUUUGAUGUACAUUUUCCUCACUACCCUGUUAGUUUUGUGCCACUUUUAGGGCGGGACAGCUCACAGAAAUUUCUAUCUCAUGGCUAAAUCCAGAACUGUCUCUGUCAACAUGGCAUUUAAAAGCUGUGAAAAAUAAAGUUUACCACAGCA